AAGGCCACAGUCUGGGAACAACAGAUCCAAGGAGACAGAGGAAAACAGAGAGAAAGAGGUCCAGAAAUUUUGAAAAUUGACAUUAACAUGACCAGUGUUGGGUCAGCUCCAUCCUGAUCCAUGAAAGAAGCCAUGCCAGUCUUCUCUGCAGGAGCAGGGUUGCAUGAAACGCUUGCUCUGCUGACCUCUCAGCUGCGUCCAGAUGCCAAUCACAAAGAGGAGAUGGUCUUCCUUAAGGACGUCUUUAGUGAGAGAAGUCUCAGUUACCUUAUGAAGAUUCAUGAGAAGCUGCGUCAGUAUGAAAGGCAGAGCCCCACCCCAGUUCUUCACAGUGCCUCCACUCUCGCAGAGGAUGUGGCAGAGGAGUUGCAGAGUGGACCAAUGAGUGUUGAGGAAAAGGAGCUCCUACAUCUGCUAACAUCACCACAUCUCAAGGCUGUUUUGUCAGUUCAUGACACAGUGGCACAGAAAAACUUUGACCCAGUGCUGCCUCCACUACCUGAUGACUUUGAUGAUGAUCUAGAUGAGGAGUCUGUCAAGAUCGUCCGUCUGGUCAAAAACAAAGAACCACUGGGUGCCACUAUUCGGCGAGACGAGUCCACAGGUGCCGUGAUUGUGGCUCGUAUCAUGAAGGGAGGGGCCGCAGACAGGAGUGGUCUGGUGCAUGUAGGCGAUGAGCUAAGGGAAGUCCAUGGCAUCUCUGUAAUGCACAAGAGACCAGACGAGAUCAGCCAACUGCUGUCUCAAUCACAAGGCUCUAUCACACUGAAGAUCAUCCCAGCAAUCAAAGAGGAGGACACGUUGAAAGAAAGCAAGGUCUACAUGCGGGCGCUUUUUGACUACAUUCCAUUAGAGGACAAGGCCACGCCCUGUCAGGAGGCGGGGCUUCCAUUUAAACGUGGAGACAUCCUGCAGGUGGUCAGUCAGGAUGAUCAGAUCUGGUGGCAGGCCAAGAAAGUGGGAGAUAGCAACCUGCGUGCAGGACUCAUCCCAUCCAAACAGUUUCAGGAGAGGAGAUUAGCCUACAGAAUCAAAAUGGGCAGUCUUCCAAAUCCCAAAUCUCCAAAAAAAGCUGUCUAUGACCAGGGAUGUGAUAAAGAAGAGUGUGACUGUGAGGGCUAUUUCAAUGGACAGUACAUCGCUGGCUUGCGGAGAAGUUUUCGUCUAAGUCGGAAGGAUCGUCGUGGUUCUACAGGAGAGGUCAGUGUUUUUGACCUGAAUGAGACGGAGUUCUUGACCUAUGAAGAGGUUACACGCUACCAGCAGAGGCCCAAUGAGAGACCCCGAUUAGUAGUUCUCAUUGGUUCUCUGGGAGCACGCAUCAAUGAGCUGAAGCAAAAAGUGAUUGCAGAAAAUCCCCACCGUUAUGCUGUGGCUGUGCCCCACACCACGCGGCCCAAAAAGAGUCAUGAAAAGGAGGGAGUGGAGUACCGCUUUGUGUCCAAGCAGGCCUUUGAUGCUGAUGCACAGAAUAACAAAUUUAUAGAGUAUGGAGAGUAUAAGGAGAAUCUGUAUGGAACCAGUAUAGAAGCCAUUCGUUCUGUUCAAGCCAAGAACAAGAUGUGUCUGGUGGAUGUACAACCUGAGGCACUGAAGACCCUGCGGACAGCAGAGUUUAAGCCUUAUGUAAUUUACAUAAAACCACGAAUCCCAGAGAGCCACAGACGUCGCAGUGCUGGCACAUCACCAGGAGGGGGUGAACAUGGGCGAUUCACAGAGGAGGACCUGCAGGAAAUGCGUCUGUCGGCACAGCAGAUAGAUCAGCAGUAUGGUCACCUGGUGGAUCGAAUACUGAUAAAGGAAGACACUGCCAGUGCCUGCACAGAACUACGUAGCGUCCUGGAGAGAUUGGAACAAGAGAUUUUCUGGGUUCCUGUGAGCUGGGUCAAGGCCUAGGACCCCCCUGUACUCCAGUCCAGACUAUUGACCAACACCCCAACUGAAAGCCUUGCAGUGCUGGGCUUCUUUUUCUUCCAUUCUGUGCAGACUGACUGCACUGGGUCUCUCCUGGGCCUGGCUUCUUUGAGCUCUGCCAUUUCUUCAUUGGUCUCAAAGGAGAGGGAGCUUUAGACUAGCAUAAAGAGAGCAUGAAUGUCUUAAUAGAGAAAGAGUCGAGACGUUAACAUUUGGUUUUAAAUGGCUGUGGAAUGUGGUUGUCAUGGCAAUGACAAUGUUCUUCUGAACUCCUCAAGUGGCCAGAGACUGUAAAUGUUUCAACAUUGCAUAUCAAGCUGCUCCUUUGUGAUGUACACCCAAAAAGAGACUUAAGCAACUACUGUACUUCAGUUUGAAAUAAUUUAAUGUUUAAAUUUCAUAAAGCUUUACCUAUCAGGCUUUACUUUAUUUUGUAAUAGAAAUCAGGUUCUCUUUGAGGUGCAUGAGUGAUCAAUCUUUAAUCCUUACAAGAAAAUAUUACAAUUUGGCUGUGCCAACAACUGUCUCAAUGACCUAGCUUUUCUUAUGGACUGCAAAUUUUCUUUAUUUGGAGUGUUACAAAAUACAAUGCCAAAUCACUUAAGCUUAUAAGUAAAUGUGUUAAAGGGUUUUUAGGUUUAGAUUAACAGAGACAAUGUUAAGACAGUAACAUCCAGGCCCCUUAUUUUAAAACUAGACAUAGAAUUGUGAUUAAAUGGUUUGAAGUUAAAUUCUGGUUUUAUGGAAGUAGUUAAGUGUGUAUGUUACAACUGUAUUAUGAGCUCAUGUGUAUCUUUUUCUAACAAACUUUCACAUUUACUAUGUAUCCAGAACUUUUUACCAUUUCCCAAAAUAUCGUUCUAUUCUUAUUGAUCCUAGUUCACCCUUAUUUUGAACUGAAAUCUGUUGCCUUUGUCAUAAGGUUCCACUGUAGGGUGUAAAAAUGAUCAAAUGUAUGUCAUGUACUGCUAAUAAAAAACAAAACCCACCGAGAAAA